UGUUGGACAACAGAACUCUGGGAUCUUACAGUUUGGGCACAACUGUGCAGGUCUCUAUCAGAGUUUAUUGAAAGUGUCUGUUGUAGCCAAGACGCUUCAGCAUUAUGCCCGUAAAUUCGGACCAAAAACAUGACAGGAAAACUAGACCACCUAAAGCCGACAAGCGUCUUGCCAAAAAACAGAACAGAGUCAAGCAUGUUUUGUACGAUCAAGGAGUAGACAUAUCUGAACUUCCCACCAAGAUUCUGUGUAUAUACAAUGCUGGGCUGGACAAUGGUGUGACAAAGGAACAGAUUCUCUCCCUUGUUCAGAUGUGUGGCCACAUCACAGAGAUUGUCAUGAUACCCCAGAGACCAUACUCGUUUGUUGUGUUCUCAGACAUGGCAGAGGCAGAGAAAUGCCAGGCUGUUUUGAAUGGUGUGCGGAUUUCUGCAGAGGAUUCUGGAGCUGCAGUUAACGCUAUGCUUCACCCAGUGUUUGUGAAUCAUGCUCCUUGUGAACAGACGCGGUUCCAGCCCCUACCACUGGGUCUGAUCCUGAGGGAAGACUUUGUGUCUGAAGACUAUGAGGCUGCGCUCCUGGCAACCAUUGACUUUAAUGACGUAUCUCCAGGAGCCCAAAAGGACUUGAAGCAGAGAAGAGUGAAGCACUAUGGGUAUGAGUUCCUGUAUGGUGUGAAUAAUGUGAAUCCUCACCAGCCACUGCCCCAGGGAAUCCCUAAGGAGUGUGAGCGACUGAUAUCUGAGGCUUUGUCUGCCGGCUUCAUCGCACACAGACCUGAUCAGCUGACAGUCAACCAGUAUAGUCCAGGACAAGGUAUUCCCCCACAUGUAGAUACACCUUCAGCCUUUGAAGAUGGACUCAUGUCAGUUAGUUUAGGAUCACAGGUUAUCAUGGAGUUUCAGCAUCCAGAUGGCCGCCAUGUGUCUGUUCUUCUGCCUCGACGAAGUUUGUUGGUGAUGACUGGAGAAUCGCGAUAUGUUUGGUCACAUGCUAUCACUCCCAGGAAGUCUGACAUUGUUACCUCCCCUGCAGGAGGGCUGACAUUGGCCACCAGGGGGACACGGACUUCACUCACAUUCAGGAAAAUCAUACACAACCAAAAUCCACCAGUUCAGAUUAACGCACCAGGGACAGAGAAGUCAAGAAAUGAGAAGAAGAGCCCAGUUUCUGAACAAGAAGCAGCUAUCUUAGAAACAACACAUGUUCAUAAGGUGUAUGAGGAAAUAGCAACACACUUCAGUGACACGCGUCAUACUGCCUGGCCUCGCAUUGCAGAGUUUAUCAAAUCUCUACCUGUCGGGUCGUUACUGGCUGACAUCGGUUGUGGAAACGGAAAAUACCUAGGCUUGAACAAACAGAUCUAUGAGGUGUGUUCAGACAGGAGUGAGAAUUUGGCCAGUAUCUGUGCAGGUAGAGGCCAUCAGAUAUUUGUGGGAGACAUACUGUCUGUACCACUGAGGUCGGGGAUCUUUGAUGUCUGUAUUUGUAUUGCAGUUAUACAUCAUUUAUCCACACAGACAAGAAGAUUGAAUGCGGUGAGAGAGUUGGUGAGGUUGUUAGCUCCCAGGGGACAACUUCUGUUGUAUGUUUGGGCAAUGGAACAGGAAAGGGGCAAGGUGAAGUCGAAUUACCUAAAAGUCAAGAAAAGACAAAAAGCUCCAGUGGGUAAAGAAAAGGAGAAAGGCAGGGGUAGGAUAGGCAUGGAAUCUGUCUCAACAAGCUGUGGGGAGGUGUCUGGUAAAUACAGGCUGGCAGACACCAUACAAGAGGGAGCAACUGUUCCUGUUAUUGACGCAUAUGGUACAGGAACUUCAGUGUCAAUAAGAUCACCUACACAAACUUCAUUAUUGCCAUCUUCAUCUCCAGAAACCUGGGUGACUUCAUUUGAUGUGAAUUCAUUUGCUGUGACUUCUGCAAAGGACACUUCAUCAUUAAAGGCUGACUCAAAACCAGAUGGGUCAGCCAUGCUAAAACCAGCUGAUUCACUGCCAUCUGAUUCAUCACCAUCUGAUGCAGCGCUAUCAAACUGCACACAGCCAACAGUCAAUACGGACACAUUAUCUUCCCAGCCAAGCAAUAAAGUAGGAUCUAGGUGCACUGCUAUGACUAUAACAACUACAACAACUACCACGGCUUCAGCAAACAUUGAGCCCGACCUUCAAACAUCAGCAGAAACUAAGACGGUGACUGAAGACACUGGACCCCUCAGUAAUCAUCUCUCUGUGCACGUGAAUCGAACGGCGUUUAAAGAACAGGAUGUACUUGUUCCAUGGCAGCUGAAAAACAAGAAGGCCAAUGUUAGUGAAGACAUUACUCAGACAUCUGAAAUAGAUAGCUGUAUGACAUUUCACCGUUAUUACCAUGUGUUCAGACAAGGGGAGCUGGACUCCCUGUGUGAGACUUUACCAAAUAUUGUCAUCAAAGAGAGUUACUAUGACCAAGGCAACUGGUGUGUUCUACUGGAGAAACUCAGCCACUGAACAUUGUCAUGGGCUACACGUCAGUAGUCCGACUGAUUUUGAAUUUUGGUGUACAUAUAUUAUAAAAAAUAUAACAUUAUUUUAAUGCA